CGAUAUUACCUCACACGAAUAAGGUCCGACGCACCCUUCUCCAGCUUGGACCACUACGCUGCCUUGCCGUCUUUUUCGGCGAUUACCACGAGAUUAUGACGACGUCGCAAGAAGAUGAACCGUUACUGAACCCUCAAAUCGCUGCCGCGGCGGCGGUUUCCGGUGCCGGCUUUAUUAAUUCGUCUACCGAAAAGAUCAAAAAGGCGCGAGCGGAAGGGCCGUUGACGUUUCGCACGCUCGGAUUUCUGGGGGGUUUGGCCAUGAUUAUUAGCAACGGCCUAGCCAUCCUUGACCGAUUCUUUUCUUUCAACUUUGCGGGUGCCAUGAUCGCAUUCUACGGUGUACUCUUCGGUGUUAUUAUUACUAUGCUGGAAGCUCCUGGACCUUGCAGUCAGAGACUUCAGGGAGGAAUUCGUUUUUACGCCAAGUUCUUGGACUUUACUUGGGGACGUGGUGCUCUUUACUUUUUUGUAGGAACCCUGCAGGUCUCCAAUUGGAACAUGCUGGACUGGGCUGUAGGGGGCUUUAUGAUUUUUGUCGGAGUAACCGCAAUUGGAGUGGGAAUUGCUGCAGCCCGAGACCUCCGACUCCUUAAAUUUGCCAUUCAAAACGAGAAUCAUCUUAAAGAAAAAUGGAACCAGCACGAUGCGGACGGAAACGGUACACUAGAUGCCAAGGAACUGACGGCCUUUGUAGCAGAUGCCGGUGUGGAUAUGUCGCGAAACGAGAUUGCUGCCACAUUCCUGGCCCUCGACAAGAACUUUGAUGAGAAGAUUGCCUACGAAGAAUUCUUCUCUUGGUGGACAGCCGCCGGAACCUACGGCGCCGGUACAAGCAUGUCCGUAUAGCUUUAUGAGGCUUUGUCCAUGUAGUAGUAAAUUUGCAUUUCCGAC